CGCGGUUAAAUCGCGGUUCGCCUGCCCCUCCCUCCUGGCCGCUGCUUUGGAGCUACUUCCCGAGUUUUCCGAGUAGAUAAUUACACGACUGGAAGAGAGAAAAUGGAAAAACAAAAGCCCUUUAAGUUGUUUGUGCCACCAAGAUUAAGUAGCAGUCAAGUAUCUGCAGUGAAACCUCAGACUUCGGGAGGAGAUUCUAAUUUCUUCAAGGGUUUCAACAAAUGUGUUGAAGAUGAUUUUGGUUUUCCAUUUGCAGUGACUAAUGUCUCCAAAAAUGGGGAAAACAUUGAUUCAGAUCCUGCUUUACAAAAAGUUAACUUUUUGCCCAUGCUUGAACAGACUGAUAAUUCUGACUGUUGUCAUUACCAGGAAGGACUAAAAGACUCUGAUUUUGAGAAUUCAGAGCCAAUGAGCAGACUAUAUUCAAAACUGUAUAAGGAGGCUGAAAAGAUCAAGAAGUGGAAAGUGAAUGUAGAAUCUGAACUGAAGCAUAAAGAAAACAAGUUGCAAGAAAAUAGAAAAAUAAUUGAAGCACAGCGGAAAGCCAUUCAAGAACUACAGUUUGAAAAUGAAAAAGUAAGUUUGAAAUUAGAAGAAGGAAUUCAAGAAAAUAAAGAUUUAAUAAAAGAGAAUAAUGCUACAAGGCAUUUAUGUAAUCUACUCAAAGAAACUUGUGCCAGAUCUGCAGAAAAGACAAAGAAAUAUGAAUAUGAGCGAGAAGAAACUAGGCAAGUUUAUAUGGACCUAAAUAGUAACAUUGAGAAAAUGAUAAUAGCUUUUGAGGAACUUCGUGUGCAAGCUGAGAGUUCCAGACUGGAAAUGCGUUUUAAGUUAAAGGAAGAUUAUGAAAAAAUCCAACACCUGGAAGAAGAGUACAAGAAGGAAGUAAAUGAUAAGGAGAAGCAGGUAUCACUGCUGUUGAUCCAAAGUACUGAGAAAGAAAAUAAAAUGAAAGAGUUAACAUUUUUGCUAGAAGAGUCCAGAAAUAAAAUUAAUCAAUUGGAGGAAAAGACAAAAUUACAGAAUGAAAACUUAAAAGAAUCAAAUGAGAAGCAGGAUCAUUUGACAUCAGAACUAGAAAAUAUUAAAAUGUCUUUGCAAAGAAGUGUGGAUGCUCAAAUGACUUUAGAGGAAGAUUUGCAGAUAGCAACCAAAAAUAUAUAUCAACUCACUGGAGAAAAAGAAGCUCAAAUGGAAGAAUUUAAUAAAGCUAAAGCUGCCCAUUCAUCUGUGGUUACUGAACUUAAAACUACUAUCUGCAACUUGAAAGAAUUAUUGACAACAGAACAGCAAAGAUUGGAAAAAAGUGAAGAUGAAUUGAAAGUACUUACCAUGAAACUUCAGAAGAAAUCAAGUGAACUGGAAGAGAUGACCAAGCUUAAAAAUAACAAAGAAGUAGAACUUGAAGAAUUGAAAAAAAUCUUAGCAGAAAACCAAAAGCUUUUAGAUGAGAAGAAACAAUUUGAGAAGAUUGCUGAAGAAUUAAAAGGAGCAGAACAAGAACUAACUGGGCUUCUCCAAACCAGAGAGAAAAAAGUACAUGAUUUGGAAAUACAGUUAACUGCCAUUGCAACAAGUGAACAGCAUUAUUCAAAUCAGGUUAAAGAGCUGAAAACUGAGCUUGAAAAUGAGAAGCUGAAGAAUACUGAACUAACUGCAAGCUGCAACAGGCUUUCACUGGAAAACAAAGCACUAGCACAAGAAACAAGUGAUAUGGCCCUAGAACUCAAGAAGCAACAAGAAGACAUUAAUAAUAGCAAAAGGCAAGAAGAAAGGAUGUUGAAACAAAUAGAACAUCUGGGAGAGACAGAAACACAAUUAAGGAAUGAACUGGAAUCUGUGAGAGAAGAACUAAAACAGAAAGGAGAUGAAGUUAAAAGUAAAUUGGACAAGAGUGAAGAAAAUGCUCGAAGCAUUGAAUGUGAAGUUAUGAAAAAAGAUAAACAAAUGAAGAUAUUAGAAAACAAGUGUAACAAUUUGAGGAAACAGGUUGAAAAUAAAAGCAAGUUUAUUGAAGAACUCCAGCAGGAGAAUAAGGCCUUUAAAAAAAAGAGUACAGCAGAAAGCAAGCAACUGAAUGUUUAUGAGAUAAAGGUCAGUAAAUUAGAGACAGAACUAGAGGGUGCCAAACAAAAAUUUAAACAAAUGACUGACAGCUAUCAGAAAGAAAUUGAGGACAAAAAGCUAUUAGAAGAAAAUCUUUUGGAAGAGGUUGCAAAAGCCAAAGUAGUAGCUGAUGAAGCAGUAAAAUUACAGAAAGAAAUUGAUAUACGAUGUCAACAUAAAAUAGCUGAAAUGGUAGCACUUAUGGAAAAACAUAAGCACCAAUAUGAUAAAAUUGUUGAAGAAAGAGACUCAGAAUUAGGACUUUAUAAGAGCAAAGAGCAAGAACACUCAUCAGUGAAAGCAUCUCUGGAGACUGAACUAUCCAAUCUCAGAAAUGAGCUUUGGUCUGUCAAGAAACACCUUGAAACAGAAAGAGAAGAAAAAGAAAAACUCAAAAGAGAGGUGAAAGAAAACACAGUUACUCUCAAAGAAAAAAAAGAUAAGAAAACACAGACAUCUUUAUUGGAAACACCUGAAACUAGUUAUUGGAAACUUGAUUCUAAAGUACCUCUUUCACAAAAUGCAUCUCGAAGCUUCCUAUCAGCUGAUCAGAGCAGAUCUUCAAAAGAUAAAAGAGACUAUCUGCGGAUACCUGCCAAAAAUAAUUUAUCUACACCAUUACCAAAGGCAUAUACUGUGAAAACACCAACAAAACUAAAAAUUCAGCAAAGAGGAAACAAGAAUGUACCCAUUGAAGAAAGUAAUAGUAAAAAGAGAAAAAUGGUCUUUGAGUUUGAUGUUAAUUCGGAUAGUUCAGAAACUACUGAUCUUUUGAGCAUGGUUUCAGAGGAAGAGACACUGAGAAAACUAUACAAGAAUAAUAAUCCACCAAUUUCUCAUCUUUGUGUCAGAACACCAAAAAAGACUCCUUCAUCUCUAAUGACUCCUGGAUCUAUGCCGAAGUCUGAAACUAUGAGGAAAAUGCAGGAGGACCGUUGGGCUGUAAUUGCUAAGAUGGAUAGGAAACAAAAACUAAAGGAAGCAGAAAAGCUGUUUGUUUAAUUUCAGAAAAUCAGUGUGAUUAAGGAGCCUGUAACAUAAAAUUUAUAGUUAAGUUUUAAAUUCUUAUUUUCUAAAGAGCCAAGCAUAUUCUGAAAUUAAGACUUUUGAUUUAUAAAUAAUUUGUUUCUUUAUAUUUUACUAUAUCAGCCUAAAUGGGAAAUAACCACAUUGUUACUUAAAAAUUUGUAAUUCUGUUCAGAUAAUUAGAUGAUUGUUUUGGUUUCACCUUUUCUUGAAUUGAUGAAAACUAUUUUGGCUAAGUUUUCAUACUUAUAAAGUUGUCCAUUGAACAGUAGGAACACGUUGUUGAGAUAUACUGUUUAUUCUUUACUAUUAAAAUAUU